CUAGCUUUUUUAUGUCUUUAAUAUUUAAUAUUUCUUUUAAUUUAAUUUGUUUAUUUAAUGCUUCAACUAGCUUUACUUAUUUAUUUGUCAUGAUAACUAGAUUUACUUUGUUUGUUUUUAACAUGACCACUGCCUUUCUUUUUUUUUUCUUUAAUUCAUGAUAUAGUGGUUAGUGGCUUAGUGGUUAACAUGUUCGCCUUACACCUCCAGGGUUGGGGGUUCGAUUCCCAUCACAACCCUUUGUGAGCGGAGUUUGCAUGUUCUCACCGUGCUGCGUGGGUUUUCACCACCAGUCCAAAGACAUGUGCUGAUCGGCAUGUCCAAAAGUGUCCGUAGUGUGUGAUUGUGCCCUGUGAUGGAUUGGCACCCUGUCCAGGGUGUACCCCGCCUUGUGCCCCAUGCCUCCUGGGAUAGGCUCCAGGUUCCCUGUGACCCUGAAGGAUAAGCAGUAUAGAAAAUGGGUGGAUGGAUCAUGAUAACUUUUUUCUUUCUUUCUAUGACUAGAUUUAUUUAUUUAUCAUGACAUCUUUCUUUUUACUUUCUAUCUAUCUAUCUAUCUAUCUUCCUAUGACUAGAUUUAUUUAUUUAUCAUGAUAACUUCUUUCUUUUUCUUUCUUUGUUUCUUGGUUUCUUUCUUUCUCUGACUAGCUUAUUUCUUUCUUUAUUUAACAUAAUAAAUAACUCUAUUUUUAUUUAUGCAGGAUGACUAGCUUUAUUUAUUAGUUUAUUUGUAUAUUCAUUGAUUUAAUAAUUUGAUACAUAGGAAUCAACUAAUAUUGAUAUAAAAUUUUUUUUAUAUAGUUUUAAAGACUAUUUCAUCUGCACCGGUCCUGCAAAACUAAUCAUCCAGUUACAUCUAGUUUAGACUAACCCUGACCCCUAACCCUAACCCCUUACCCUAUGUCUCCACCGACAUGUUCGAUGUAAUCACUGAGCUUUACAUGUGGGUGAAAAACACCACGUUGUGUUCACAUUCACGAACUCUCAUUAACACAAACUUUUGUUCUGUCUCUUGAUGUUUAUUUUUCCCCAUCUGUUUAUUCAUCCAUCUGCCUGCUGCAUUCCCUCAACAACACAGCCUAAAUGGGCUCGGCUGGCGUACAUGGAGGCAGAAGGGAAGCUGAAGAUGCCGUUCGAGGACAGGUUGCCGACACGUGAGGAACAGCUCGCAGCGCUGCAGGACACGCCCGAAUUCGACGUGUUGGUCGUGGGGGGUGGAGCUACGGGUUCAGGAUGCGCUUUAGAUGCAGUCACGCGCAAUCUGAAGACGGCCCUGGUGGAGAGGAGCGACUUCUCAUCAGGCACCAGCAGCAGGAGCACCAAGCUGAUCCACGGAGGAGUGCGUUAUCUGCAGAAGGCCAUCAUGAAGCUAGAUUAUGAACAGUACAUGAUGGUGAAAGAGGCACUACAUGAGCGCGCUAACCUUCUGGAAAUCGCUCCUCACCUGUCCGCUCCACUACCCAUCAUGCUCCCUGUUUACAAGUGGUGGCAGCUGCCGUAUUACUGGGCCGGUAUAAAGAUGUAUGACCUGGUGGCUGGAACUCAGUGCCUGAAGAGCAGCUACAUCCUGAGCAAGAGCAAAGCCCUGGAGCUUUUCCCCAUGCUAAAGAAGGACAAGCUGGUCGGCGCCAUCGUCUACUACGAUGGCCAGCACAACGAUUCCCGCAUGAAUUUAGCUAUCGCUCUGACGGCGGCUCGCUACGGCGCCGCUAUCGCUAACUACACAGAGGUGAUGCAGCUGCUGAAGGCUACAGACCCGGUCACAGGGAAAGAGAAAGUGUGCGGAGCGCGCUGCCGAGACGUGAUCACAGGCCGGGAGUUUAACGUGCGUGCCAAGUGCGUCAUCAAUGCCACGGGCCCCUUCACCGACUCGCUGCGCAAAAUGGAUAACGAGAAGACGGCCAACAUCUGCCAGCCGAGCGCCGGAGUGCACAUCGUCAUCCCCGGAUACUACAGCCCGGACAACAUGGGGCUUUUGGAUCCCGCCACCAGCGAUGGGCGUGUCAUCUUCUUCCUGCCCUGGGAGAAAAUGACUAUCGCCGGGACAACAGACACACCCACCGACGUGACAGCCCAUCCCAUCCCCAUGGAGGAGGACAUCAACUUCAUCCUGAGCGAGGUCCGACACUACCUCAGCCCUGACGUGGAAGUGCGGAGAGGAGAUGUCCUGGCAGCCUGGAGCGGCAUCCGUCCACUAGUCACUGACCCCAACUCUAAAGACACCCAGUCCAUCUGCCGCAACCACGUCGUCAACAUCAGCGAGAGCGGCCUGGUCACCAUCGCCGGUGGCAAGUGGACCACCUAUCGCUCGAUGGCUGAGGAGACCCUGGACGCUGCGAUAAAGGAACACAAGCUUCACGCCGGACCAAGCAGAACCGUGGGUCUGACGCUGGAUGGAGGGAAGGACUGGACCCCAACCCUCUACAUCAGACUGGUCCAGGACUACGGUCUGGAGAACGAGGUUGCCCAGCACCUCGCAGCUACCUACGGAGGGAGGGCGUUUGAAGUCGCCAAGAUAGCGCAGGUCACAGGAAAGAGAUGGCCCAUAGUGGGAAAGCGGCUCGUAUCAGAAUUCCCUUACAUCGAGAGUGAGGUGAUGUACGCUAUUAAAGAGUACGCAUGCACAGCGAUUGAUAUGAUCUCUCGGAGGACGCGGCUGGGUUUCCUGAAUGUCCAGGCUGCUGAUGAAGCUCUUCCACGCAUCGUCGAGAUCAUGGCCAAGGAGCUGAAGUGGAGCGAGGAGAAGAAGAAAGAGCAAAUGGAGGCUGCUAAACAGUUCCUGUACCAGGAGAUGGGCUAUAAAGCUCGCUCCGAACAGCUCACCAAGACGUCCGAGAUCUCACUCACGCACGAGCAGGUGGCCAGAUAUAAGAAGCGUUUCUACAAAUUUGACAAAGAUAGCAAAGGCUUCAUCACAACAUUGGAUGUGCAGCAAGUCCUAGAGAAACUGAGCAUUCAGAUCGACGAGAACGCCCUGCACGAGAUCCUCAACGAGGUCGAUCUGAACAAGAACGGACAGGUGGAACUGGACGAGUUUCUGCAGCUCAUGAGUGCCGUUCAGAGGGGACAAAUCUCAGACAGCCGAUUGGCCAUCCUGAUGAGGACAGUGGAGGAAGGGUUGGACUCCAGAGGACCGGUGUCGGUGGACCGCAGUGGUGGAGGAGUGUGAGGCUCGAGAACUUACAACCAGAACCACAGGUCUGAACCACAGGUCUGAACCACAGGUGUCCACUGAAAAUCACAUUUAAAAAAACAAAAAACACCUGAGUUCUUUUAUUAUCGUUCAUUUUUAUGUUGCUUUGCAUUUAUUUAAAGCAGUUUUUUAACAGUAUAAACUUUUGGAUAUGUCUGAAAGCAUUCUUUUAAUCACUGGGGGAGACGAAUUCAGACAAUAUUUACUUGAGAGUGUGCCGGUAACGCAUCGUCAUGACCUGACGCCAUCUAAACAGUCAGAAAUAUUAAGUUUAGCUAUGCUUUAAAAUGUUUUGAAACACACGAACUAACAUCGUGGCAAGUUUAAAAUGCGAUUUUCUGUAUUACAUACACGACUAAUAGCAUGCUGCCGGGUUUGUUCUUCGUUAACGUAGUUGUAAUCGACGCCCGGGGAUGCUUGAUGUUCACACCAUUUUAUAAAAUGCAUGAUUUUGUCUAUUUUCUAUAAGAACUGACGGCAAAAAAACAAUCCACAAACAUCGUAAAAUGUCACUAAAGCAUAUUUGGAUAGCGAUAUCUACGUUAGAGUGACAUGGGGUGACUGAUUUUGUGGGUUUCUUCUACUAAGAACCUAAAUGUUUUUUGAUAAAAUAACAUUGUGAACUGUGAAUAUUUAGCACUACAAUCAUAAUAUUAUGGCUUACAUGAGGUGAGGCCCAUUUAAUUAUGACACUCUUGGACAUUUUUUCCCCAAGGGAUGUGACUAUUAGCAGUAACAUUUCUAAGCACUUUUCCAAACUAUUUAUUGCUUCACAACUGCUGGAAUUGUGGAAUUGUUUUAAAAAAAAAUCAAAACAUCUAUACGCCUCAUGGAGCUGUUAUAACCGAAACACUGGUUAUUAUUGACCUUCACGCCAAAUUUAGCUUGUUUGAAAAUGCAGCUGUUGUAGAAAACAGGUCCGUGUUGAAUAUCUGGCAAAAUAGGGACAGAGACAUUUACACACCUUGCUUGAGUGAAAAUUUGGUGUGAUCUGCCUGUUGUAGGCUGGCUCAGUACAUGGAGCAAUACUGAAGUGCUGUGUAGUGAACAUGUCUUGAAACGUUUUUACAACAUGGCUGUGCCCUCGGCUCAGCGUGCGCAAGUUUCAUGCUUUUAUUUUGUCUUCAAACUCACUCUCUGUCCCAGGAAUUUUUAAAAAGUACAUUACUAUACUAUUUAGGGGUCCAGGCCCAGCUGACAAGAAAAGGUCCUCAGGACGUCCCCUAAAUGGCCUCUACGAACGUCCCCCGAACAUCCACGUAUAGGGUCCAUAGGACGUCGAAGGGGACGUUCACAGGACGUCCAGCGGCCAUUCGGGACGCUUAGGGGACUUUCGCUGAAAUUAACACAUUCAGUAGUGUUAUGAUUUGAUAUCCUCUGACGUCCUCGGAACGUCCACCAGCGAACGUUAUAAACCCCGGGACCAAAUACGGACCUAAAUGGACAUUCGCGACAUCCCGGGGACGUCCCGUGCUUGCUGGGGUGACACUAUAGUGAUAUUAUGUUGUCUUAUUCUUCUUCUUAUUCUUAUUAUUAUUAUUACUAUUAAAUAUAUGCAAUGGUUAUCUAUAGCAGCCAAGAGACUUGGAAUAUCGAAUAUGGCACACUGAACCAGUCCCAAACUGAUAUCUACUCAACCGUUUUUGGAUAUCUCUGAUUCUUACUCUGUAGAGCAGCACCAACAGGCAAAAGCUGGACACAUGUUUAAUUCCACAACUCUGGAACUGCUCCAAUUUUAACGGUUCUGUAGGUCAUCGAUGGUUACAAUUGCUUCAAGGUCCACUGUAUUGGAAUGGCCGCCAUCUUGUGAAACCUCCUACGGAUCUGGUCAUCAUGAAUCUCGAAUUACAUGAUCAUGAGACUAGCCCUGAAAGAAAAGCUAUGGAAGGAUACUCAUAAUUGAUGACCAAUAACAGAAUAACAAAGUUAAUAGCAAUGGCGCCAAACAAAAAGUGAGUCUGUAUCUGUUUUUCGCCAAACUACGUAGGUGGAUUUAAGACCAUGACCUAAAUGUCAUUCCACCUUCAAAGGUGCGGUUUAAUUAAAAGAUAACAUCAGAUGCUCAUGAAAAUGUCUCCCAAAAUAAAAAAUAAAUAAAUAAAAAAUGAAUCAUCAUGAAAGCGAACAAAUGGUUGUAACUUCUAGGUCAAGCAAGUCCAUCACUUAGUGCUUGGACCUUUAAUCGCUGGUGCAUUUCUAUACAAUUUGGUAUUCAGAACUAUUCAGCAGUAACACAAUAGCCAAGUUAAAAGCAAUGAUGCCAUACAAGAAGUAACCCACUAUCUCUUACCAUGAACUUGGUAGGUGGGUUUAAGACCAUACCCUAAAGAUCGCCAAUCACUGUUGUGUCAUUUUACCAGGAAGUGGUGCUAUAAUUAACUAUAAUGAGCAUUACAUUCUCAUGAAAUGUCUCACCUCCCUUGUGACAUUAAAAUGUCCAUCAUUUGACUCUUUAUGGAACCAAAUAAAAAGUCAUAACUUCUACAUCACAUAGUGCUCAGAAACUGUUGAAUGUAAGAUUUUCCGCCAUUACGGCAUCCACAAGUAAAUUUGAAGUCGCGUGUAUCAGUGUGUACACCACUGUGUAUAAUACUGUAGUUAACAAAUUCAGAAUUGCUGCUUUUUAAUCUUGUGCAAUAAUAAUAAUAUUCUGCUGUGUUGUAUUUUGUUGCUGUAUUGUUGCUCUGUCAUGGAUGCAUGCAGUGCCAUUAGCGUUCCUUGCUGGUUAGCAUGACCAGUGUGUGACGAGUGCCGUCCUAGUGUCCUAGCACCUGUUAUAGUUUUUUUUAGCUGUGCCAUUUGUGUCGUUCAUACGCUGUGAUUGUACAAGGACACGCCUGAACGGUCGUGGCAUGAACGCGUGCGAGAUACUGUUGGCCAAGCUACUGUGAUGCACUUUUCCUACACGUCUUCUCCUUUUCCUGUUCAAGUUUGCACUCACUGCACAAUUGUACACAUGCACUGAUACUGAUUUCCCAGCACUCCUGCCAUGUCAUUGGUCUAUAUGUCACUUUUUCUCAGGCAAUAGUCAAAAUAUGGAACCAAAUGAAAAGGACGGUCCGUCACUUAGUGCUUGGACCCCCUAAUCGCUUAAUAGUACAGUGCUAUAGUAUUCACUUGUGGUUAUUUUAUUUUUUAAAUUUUUUUUUGCAUUGCUCUAUUAGACCUUUUUAUGCUAUUGAAUUAAUGGGUUUUUUUUUCCACUUCAAUACGCACAAUGUUUCCAUUCCGUUUCAUUCAAUCAAAAAGAAAAUUCAUCUUGUUGUCUUAAAUCUUUACGAUUUGUUACUGGUUGUGUGCUUUAUUAUAAUUUCAAUCAAAUUAUUAUUAUUAUUAUUAUUAUUAUUAUUACUAUUAUUAUUAUUAUUAUUAUUGUGCUUCUGCAAUCUUUAGGAUGUGCUAGCUUUAAACAUUUAUAACGAAUACAUUUAAUGUGCCUUGUUUUCUAUCAAGAGAACACUGUAAUAAUACCGUAUAUUUUACUAUUUUAAUUUCUUUGUGUAUAUUAUUACUAUUAUUAUUAUUAUUAUUAUUAUUUAGACAGUAAAUUUUGAGAAAUGGCUACUUUUAUGUGCCUGGAUCUCUGGACGCAGUGCGACAGCUGUUCCAGUGUGAACGUAUGAUACAACAGGAGUUAAAUGAUUGACUUGUCUGUUGUAUGUUGUGGCUGGAUGAAAUAUCACACUGUUCCUGACUGAAAGAGAUGUGUUUGAGCAAAAAAAUUUUUUAACUGUAUAGUAAAUUACUCUGCAACACCCGAGUAAUGUAAUUAUGGAAUUAAGUAUAAUUAAACACAAUUAAACAUAUCUGAUUGCA